CUCUGCACGUGUAUUAUGACACUUCUGUUUGUCGGAAUUUCGUUAUCCCCGAAUUUGAAUUCGAACGUGCCGCCAUCGAUUCUCACCUACUGCGGAUUGCGCGAUCGGGAUAGAUGGCAGCAGGCAUCCGGUCCACGAAUUUCCAUGGUCUCCUCAUUUUCCUGGAUUGCUUCGAUCGACUUGCACGAACGUACGUACAAUCGUAGUUUCACGGCACGACUUCCUCGAACGUUCGACGAUAUGCUGAGACCCCUGCUGCUUCUGUGCUGGGCCGCGACGAUCGUGUCAGCUGGCAACUUGAAUGAUGAUGGCACGAAUGUCAAUACUGCAGAUGGAUCUGUAGCUGCAAAUUCUCAGUUAAUACCUACUCAACAUGUUAACUUGUUAACAUCUGCCAUCCAAAUUGAUCAUGCUCCGGUUAAACCAAACGUGGAAACAAAGUCUUUACCUUCAAAUGAAGGUGAGCAUACAAUGAAUGAUGCUGCAACAGAGGCACCAAAUCUUACUGCAUCAACAACAAAGCCAACUUUAGUGCCUAUAACCAAGCCGACUACACCUUCAACCACCACGUCUGUUGCUCCUACAACAAAGUCUUCUACAACAUCAGCACCAACAACGCCAGCAUCAACAACACCAGCACCAACAACGCCAGUUCCAACAACGCCAGCUCCAACAACGCCAGCUCCAACAACACCGGUUCCUCCACCCGAUCUUGGAAAGUGGACAGUCAAAGAAAAUAACAUAACGUGCAUUAUUGUUCAUAUGGCUGUGCAAUUCAAUGUUUCUUACAACAGCACAAAUAAUGUGACAAUGUACAAGGUAAUAGAUAUACCCACCACCAGUAAUUCAACAGGAAAAUGUGGUGAAACUGAGCAGAGCUUGAUAUUGUCAUGGGAAUCACAAAAUAAGACUGUUCGAAAUAAUUUCACAUUGCAUUUCAUAAAGAAUGAAACGGGAAAAUAUUAUUCUCUUCAUCAUUUCGAGAUCUCUUUGGUAGCCAAAGAAUUCCCGAAUAAUAAAUCAAAUAAGACCACUACUGUGGUACACAUGGCGCCACAAUUCAAAACUGGAUUGAGUAACUCGUAUAGAUGUUUCAAAGAACAACAGCUAAACUUGACCCUCGAGGAUAAAAACGUAACUGUAGGACUUUUGAAAGUAAGCAAUCUACAAUUCCAAGCUUUCCGAAGUGAUAAUGCUACUAUUUUUGGCCUAGCCAAGGAUUGUUCGUUCGACACGCCUGACAUCGUUCCUAUAACUGUGGGUUGUACAUUGGCAGGUCUGGUAUUCAUUGUAUUGCUGGCAUACCUCUUCGGCCGCAGACGAAGUCAGGCCCGCGGUUAUCUUAGCAUGUAAGCCGAGUCCCAUGAGGUUGCCCCUCCCUUUUUUUCUUUUUUUUGUUUUUAAUCGUUAAACUGAUAUUUUUUUACGUAAUUCUCCAUUAUGGAGUCGAUUGUCUUAUCGAGAAUCUAUGUAGUUGUACUUUGUGUUCUAUAGCCACGAAGGCUGUGACACACAUUAAGAAGAAAAAAAAAACAAUAUAGUUUAUACGUUUGUAAAGUUGUCACGUUUGCGUGCGACAAAAUUAGAAAAAGAAAAAAAAAAGAGCUAUGUCGAUACGUAUCGCAGGGCGGUUCAAAAUAAUACAGGAUGGGUAAUAAUUUCAAGGCAACAUGUUCCGUUGCAUAAGGGCAAAUACUCUAAUAAAAAUGAAUCGAUAUAAUUAAACAUCGUGAGAUCUGCAUCGUGCCCAUGCUGCGGUUUUUGAACGGGGACAGUUUGAUUUUUCAUGAGCAUUUCGAAUAUGGAAUGUGGGAAUGUGCAUAUGAAAAAGAUUCAAACAUAAGAAAGACAAACAUUCUGAUCGACGUAUAUAGCAUUAAUAAAAUUAUUACAUUAAAUAUCCGCUGAAUCUGCAGCUUCUUAUAACAAGAUACGCGACGUUUUUUCCUUGUCUACUUUUUUUGUUUUUUUUAAGAAAUCAUUUCCUGACUUUAAUUACCGCGAUACGCGCGAUAUGCCUUUAUACAUCGCACUUAAUACAUAUAUCGAUAUGUGUUUCCGUUACGUUCGUACUCGAAUUCUUUUUAUUAAACUGUACUGUGAAGUAAUAUACCAGUUGUUUAUAUAGCCCUAGGUAUGCGUGCGUGAGUGUAUCAGAAUAGUAUGAAGGAGCACGAGCUUCACCUGUUAAUGUUAAAGUUAUGCUUUAUUCUGCGAAAGCGUAAAUUAAACGCUAAAUUAGAGAUUUAUAAAUAGCGUGCAAUCUUAUAGAUGUAAAAAGAAAAUUAGCUUACGUCAAACGGAAUAAAAUCGUAAUAUCAAAACAAUAGCUCAGCUCAAUUAACAUAAUACGUAAAGUUUUGGAAAAUAUUUAUUCCCCUGAUAAACAUUGGAAUAUGUCCCAAUUAAAUAAUAGUUUUAAAAGGAGGAAAGGUACAUAUUAUUACUUAUAGAAGCAUUAACAAUUUUUAAUGCGGAAAGGAAACAUCUUCGCAUUUUACGCUACUGUUGCUUUGUUCGAAUGUGUCUCGACGAUUUUACCUGAUACAAAAUGAUAUACGAGAGUAACGAAAUCUGGUAUUUGUAUUUGAAAAAGAAAAAAAAA